GUGGCAUUUUAGUCUUUUUGCAGAACUCAUAUGACAUCUUUUGGCUUCUUCUUCUUUAACAAUUAUUUUUCAGGAGCUCCAUCUCCGCACCAGAGAGAUCGAGGCACUGACGAAGACGACAAAAUCUAUUUCCCCAUCGCCACCUACUAUCCCGGUCGCCGAAAUACGCUAUGUCAUCUGCUCAAGAUCCGUUUUAUAUCGUUAAAGAAGAGAUUCAAGAAUCGAUUGAUAAGCUGCAGUCUACUUUUCGUCAAUGGGAAAAUAGUCCUGGUGAUAGUGGAGAGCAUAUGCAUCUCACGAAGGAGCUACUUGCCUCUUGCGAGAGCAUUAAGUGGCAGGAAGGUGGAUGAAUUGGACAAAGCAGUUGCUGUUGCAAGUAGAGAUCCAUCUUGGUAUGGCAUUGAUGAAGUGGAACUUGAAAAACGAAAGAGAUGGACCAGCACUGCUCGUACUCAGGUUGGCAAUGUGAAGAAAACUGUCCUAGCUGGACAGGAUCUGAAUGGUUUUGGGACCACUAGUGCAAGUGCGAUGCGCCGGGAACUAAUGAGGAUGCCUAAUAAUCAUCAGGCAAACAGAUCCAACCAGUAUGCACCCCAGGAUAAUGAUGAUUUUAUCCAAUCAGAGUCAGAUAGACAAAUGCUUCUCAUAAAGCAACAAGAUGACGAGCUGGAUGAGCUUAGUGCUAGCGUGGAGAGAAUUGGAAGCGUUGGUCUUACCAUACAUGAUGAACUCCUUGCACAGGAGAAGAUUAUUGAUGAACUUAGUACUGAAAUGGACGGUACAUCAAAUCGUCUGGACUUUGUACAGAAAAAAGUGGCUAUGGUCAUGAAGAAGGCUAGUGCCAAGGGUCAGAUAAUGAUGAUCUGUUUUUUGCUGGCUCUGUUCAUCAUCCUAUUUGUUCUGGUCUUCUUUACCUAGGCUAAAGAGCGAAAACAAACUAUGAUGUUCACAUAUAGAGAGGGCAUUUAAUCAUUCGGAAGAGGAAUACAGAAGAAUGCAAUGGUUAAACUGGAUGUGUUGAGCUUGAAUAAUUGGCAGUUUGGAAAUGCUCAACCAAAGAAAGAAUCUGUGCUCCUGAAAAAAAUUUAUUACUUAAAAACUUGACUAGAAUUUCAUAUUGAAAAGUUUUGAGUUCAAAAUUUGUUGGAUUAGAGUUUAUAUAAUUCUUAUCUUCUGAAUUUCUUCUUAGAUGUUAUGUUUGUAUCUAGAAUUCAAGUUCUCUUAUUUAUAUAUAUAAUGGUAUUGCCAUUGUCAAGA